UAAUCUUAACUAGAUCUAGAUCCAUCUAUCUAGGACUGACUCACUCAACUCACUGAUGACGAUGUGAUUGUCACGGUGAUGAAUGAUUGUGAGUGGAGUAACUAGCCUACUCCAUCCAGAUCUAACUCAGUAACUGACACUUGAAACCUCAGCUCUGUCACUAGUGUCACCUGGACUCUGACACUCAGACUGCAAAAAGGAGAAUAAAGACGCAGUUAAAAUGACACCAAGCUCCAGAAGCUCACUUCUUAUGUUGACAUCACAACUGGUCAGCAUAGGAAGGUUUAAUGAGGGUCUUCCUUCUUUUAUCACAAGAGGUCUUGAUGCUGAGCAAAUCUGGCAGCAGUUAGAGCUUCGGAAUGACCACAAUCUUUCGCUGCCAGCAAUGACCAAAGAAUUGGUCAAAAUCACCACUCACACACAUAAAAGUCACAAAAGGAAAUCAAAAAAGAGAGAAGAGCUUGAGGAAUCGGUGGAAGAUAAUGAACAUUUAGACAACAGUGACUCUGACUUUAGUGAUGACGAGGAGGGUAUUUUAAAGUCUAUUAAAGAAAGGUUAGCAGAAGAAGAGAGCCAAAACAAAGAAAAUGACUUAAAUAUAGGUGACGAUGAAGAUUCAGAUGAAUUAGAUUUUGACUUUGAAUUUGAUAAUGAAUUAGCCACUGGCUUAUCUGAUGAAGAAAGUGAAAAGAAGUCAAAGAAAAAAACUGUCAACAAAACGACAGAAAAAAGAAAAACUGUUGUAGAUGAUAAGUUUUUCAAACUCUCAGAGAUGGAGGAAUUCCUGGAUGCAGAGGAUUUGAAGGAAGCCAAGCGGACGAAAAGAGAGAGUAAAAAAGAAAAUCCUGACAGUGAUGAUGAUGAUGACAGUGAAGAAAGUGAGGAUGAGGAAGUUGAUUUGUUUGCUGCUGAUGAUUCUGAGGGGGAUGAGGACCCCAUGUAUGCAGAUUUUUUUGAUCCUCCAGAAGAGGAUGGCUCAGAAAAAAAAAAGAAAACAAAACCAUUGAAAACUGUUGAUGAAAAACAUGAUGACAAUGAUGAUGACAAAGAUGAAGAACCUAGUCUGUCAGAUGAAAGUGAUAUGGAAAAAGAUGAUGAUGUUGAGGAUGAUGAUGAUGAUGAUGAUGAAAAAGAAAAUGAAUCCAGUUUAUUAGAAGACAUUGAGAAAAAAGAUCAGAGUAAGAAAAAGGUGGCAUUCACUGAAGAUCUUCUUCAUAGUGAUGAAGAGACAGACACAAAGAAAAAGCUGAAAUCCACAUUUGAGCGCAAACAGGAGGAGCUGCAAGCCAAAGCUAGAGAAAUGGAAGACUUAAGUGUGAAAGAAGUUUCAUGGGAGCUGCUAGGUGAAGCUACUGCGACUAAAAGACCUGAAAAUAGUUUAUUAGAAACUGUACUUGAUUUUCAACAUACAACCAGGGCAGCGCCAGUGAUUACAGAAGAAACAACAAAAUCUUUAGAAGAUUACAUCAAACAGAGGAUCAAAGACAAAACAUUUGAUGAUGUUGAACGCAAAGAAAAGAAAAAGGAAGAUGUCUUUGAGUUCAAAAAAAGAAUUGUGCUGGAUCAAGAAAAGAGUAAAAUAAGUCUCGGGGAGCUGUAUGAACAGGAGUUCAUGAAACAGCAGCAGGAAGAUAAAAAUGAAGUGAAGGCAGACCCAGAAUGUGAAAACAUAGAAAAGGAAUUAAAUAAACUAUUUCAUCAGCUGGAUGCCUUGAGUAACUUUAGGUAUACACCUAUGAAACCUGGAACAGAGGUCAAGAUUAUUGUCAACACACCAGCCAUUGCAAUGGAAGAGGUGGCGCCAGUGGCUACUGCAGACUCUGAUCUACUGGCCCCUGAAGAAGUUUAUGAGAAGAAGAAAGGAGAACUCAAAGCUAAUGAUGAGAGAACAGAAACAGAUAAAAACCGUGCCAGACGUGUCAAGAAAGUUCAGAAACGAGAGCGAAAGAAGGCCAAGGAAGCCAGAGAGAAGUUGGUAGAGAAACUAAAACCAGGGCUGGGCAACAAAUACAGUAAAGCUAAAGCCUUGAAACAGCUGGAACAAAUCAGCAAGUCUGAUAAAAACAUUACAUUAAUUAAGGAUGAUAAAGAGAAGAAGCUCUCUUCCACAUCUUUCUUUAACCAGCUCCAAGACCAAACUAAAGUCACACAGACCAAUGUGAAACCUAAAGUCAAGAAAGUGGUAGAUUCUUCCAAAAUAAUGCUGUAGAAAUAAAUUUGUUGCUAAUGAGUUCAAUGUUUUGGAGCCUAUACUGUCUAACAUUAUCAAGCCCCAAGCUUUACAAAGUCAACUUUUUCUGAUGGCAAAAACUACACAAUGCUUAGUAAAAACUUAAUUUAAUCUUUAUGCCUAUACCUUCAACAUCUUACUAGAUGGCAUUAGAAUACAAGCUGCAGACCACCAUAUACAGUGAAUAGGACAUGACUACUUAUCAAUAUAGAAACAUUUAU